AGGGGGCCGUUCGCCAGCUCCAAGGCAGAAAGUGCCACGACUCCACACGCGCGCACGCAGCCAGCAAGCGGCCGGAGCGGACGGCGGACGGGGCGAGCGGCGUCGGGGUCGUGGCGUCUGCAGCUGCUCGGCGGCGGCUUCUCGGCGGAGGCUCGGUCAACUCCUCUCUCCCGGCUCCGCGGCGGCGGCGGCGGCUCCUGCCCUCUCGCUCUUCCUCCCGCGUCUCCGGCUGCAGGUGAAAGGAAAGCAAGCCAGGAUGGAUAUUUACGACACGCAGACCUUGGGGGUCGUGGUGUUUGGCGGAUUCAUGGUUGUCUCUGCCAUCGGCAUCUUCCUAGUGUCGACUUUCUCCAUGAAGGAGACGUCGUAUGAAGAAGCCCUUGCGAACCAGCGCAAGGAGAUGGCGAAAACUCAUCACCUGAAAGUGGAGAAGAAAAAGAAGGAGAAAACAGUGGAGAAGAAAGGAAAGACCAAGAAAAAGGAAGAGAAACCCAACGGGAAGAUACCUGAGCACGAGCCAGCCCCCAAUGUGACCAUCCUUCUCAAAGAAACAGUGCGGGCCUCUUCUGUGACAGUGACGCCAACCCCCGUCCAGUCCCACAUGGUUAUUACCCCUGUAGCCACAGUACCAGCCAUGCCCCAAGAAAAGCCAGCCCCCUCCCCUAAAGACAAAAAGAAGAAGGAGAAAAAAGUGGCAAAGGUGGAACCAGCAUUCAGUCCUAUAGUGAAUUCCAUCCAGGUUCUCACCUCGAAGGCUGCUGUCUUGGAAGCUGCUCCCAAGGAGGUGCCUAUGGUGGCUGUGCCCCCCGUGGGCGCAAAGGCCAGUGCCCCAGCCACUGGCACAGCUCAGGGCAAAAAGACAGAGGGAACCCCUAACCAGGGCAGAAAGCUGGAAGGAACACAGAACCAGGGCAGAAAGGCAGAGGGAACUCCCAACCAAGGCAAAAAGACCGAGGGGACCCAGAAUCAGGGCAAAAAGGCAGAGGGUGCCCAGAAUCAGGGCAGAAAAGUGGAGGGGACCCCCAACCAGGGCAAAAAGGCAGAAGGGGUCCAGAACCAAGGGAAAAAGGCUGAGGGGACCCAAAAUCAGGGCAAAAAGGCAGAGGGGACCCAGAAGCAGGGCAAAAAAGGAGAGGGGACCCCCAACCAGGGCAAAAAAGGAGAGGGGACCCCCAACCAGGGUAAAAAAGGAGAGGGGACCCCCAACCAGGGCAGAAAAGGAGAGGGGACCCCCAACCAGGGCAGAAAAGGAGAGGGGACCCCCAACCAGGGCAAAAAAGGAGAAGGUGCCCAAAAUCAGGGCAAAAAAGGAGAGGGGAUCCCCAACCAGGGCAAAAAAGGAGAAGGUGCCCAAAAUCAGGGCAAAAAAGGAGAGGGGAUCCCCAACCAGGGCAAAAAAGGAGAAGGUGCCCAAAAUCAGGGCAAAAAAGGAGAGGGGACCCCCAACCAGGGCAAAAAAGCAGAAGGUGCCCAAAAUCAGGGCAAAAAAGUGGAGGGGACCCCUAGCCAGGGCAAAAAGGUGGAAGGGGCCCAGAACCAGAACAGAAAGGCAGAGGGUACCCAAAAUCAGGGCAAAAAGGUAGAAGGGACCCCCACCCAGGUCAAGAAGAUGGAAGGGGCUCCCAACCAGGGCAAAAAGGCAGAAGGAGCCCCCAGCCAGGGCAAAAAGAUAGAGGGGGCCGCCAACCAGGGCAAAAAGGCAGAGGGGAGUCCCAACCAGAGCAAAAAGGCCGAGGGGGCCCAGAACCAGGGCAAAAAGGCUGAGGGGGCCCAGAACCAGGGCAAAAAGGUUGAGGGGGCCCAGAACCAGGGCAAAAAGGCAGAGGCGACCCCCAAUCAGGGCAAAAAAGCUGAGGGGGUCCAGAACCAGGGCAAAAGGGCUGAGGGGGCCCAGAAGCAGGGCAAAAAGGCUGAGGGGACCCAGAACCAGGGCAAAAAGGCUGAGGGGGCCCAGAACCAGGACAAAAAGGCUGAGGGGGCCCAGAACCAGGGCAGAAAGGCUGAGGGGGCCCAGAACCAGGGCAAAAAGGCAGAGGGGGCCCAGAAUCAGGGUAAAAAGGCAGAUUCGGUUGCCAGUCAGGGCACAAAAGCAGAGAGUGUUGUGAACCAGGGGAAGAAAGCAGAUGGAGCCACCCGUCAAGGCAAAAAGGCAGAGGGAACCACAAACCAGGGCAAAAAGGGGGAAGCAGCUGCCAAUCAGGUCAAAAAGGCCGAGUCAGUGUCUAUCCAGGACAAAAAUCCAGAUAUGAUCCAGAGCCAGGUGGCACCAAAGCAAGAGGCUCCUUCAAAGAAGAAGUCAAAGAAGAAAGGUGAGCCCGUGGCCCUGGAGGCCGACAGUCCUCUCUGCCUGCCCUACAAGACGCUGGUCUCCACGCUGGGAAGCAUGGUGUUCAGUGAGGGCGAGGCCCAGCAGCUCAUCGAGGUCCUAUCUGAAAAGGCCGGCAUCGUCCAGGACACCUGGCACAAGGCCACCCAGAAGGGCGACCCCAUGACCAUUCUGAAGCGCCAGCUGGAGGAGAAGGAGAAGCUGCUGGCCACCGAGCAGGAAGAUGCGGCCAUCGCCAAGAGCAAGCUGCGGGAACUUAACAAGGAGCUGGCUGCGGAAAAGGCCAAGGCAGCAGCCGAGGAGGCCAAGAUGAAGAAGCAGCUGGUGGCCCGGGACCAGGAGAUCACGGCGGUGCAGGCACGCAUGCAGGCCAGCUACCAUGAGCACAUGAAGGAGGUGCAGCAGCUGCAGGGCAAGAUUCGAACUCUUCAGGAGCAGCUGGAAAACGGCCCCAACACUCAGCUGGCUCGUCUGCAGCAGGAGAACUCCAUCCUGAGGGACGCCUUGAACCAGGCCACCAGCCAGGUGGAGAGCAAGCAGAACGCGGAGCUGGCCAAACUUCGGCAGGAGCUCAGCAAGGUCAGCAAGGAGCUGGUGGAGAAGUCAGAAGCCGCGCGGCAGGAGGAGCAGCAGCGGAAGGCCCUGGAGGCCAAGGCAGCUGCCUUCGAGAAGCAAGUUCUGCAGCUGCAGGCAUCACACAAGGACAGUGAGGAGGCCCUGCAGAAGCGCCUGGAUGAGGUCAGCCGGGAGCUGUGCCGCUCCCAGACCAGCCAUGCCAGCCUCCAGGCGGACGUGGAGAAGGCCCAGGAGCAGCAGCAGCAGAUGGAGGAGCUGUGCAGCAAGCUGCAGUCCUUAGAAGCUGAGGUGAAGAGCAAGUGUGAGGAGCUGGGCGGCCUCCAGGGGCAGCUCGUGGAGGCCAGGGCUGAGAACACGCAGCUCACUGAGAGGAUCCGGUCCAUCGAGGCCCUGCUGGAGGCCGGCCAGGCCCGCGACACCCAGGCCAGCCAAGCGGAGGCCGACCAGCAGCACGCCCGCCUCCAGGAGCUGGAGUCCCAAGUGUCGUUGCUGGAAAAGGAGGCCACUGAGCUCAGAGAAACUGUGGAACAGCAGAAGGUGAAGAACAACGAGCUCCGGGAGAAGAACUGGAAGGCUAUGGAGGCAGUGUCUGCGGCCGAGAGGGCCUGUGAGGAGAAGCUGUGCUCCCUGACCCAGGCCAAGGAGGAGUCCGAGCAGCAGCUCCGCCUGAUUGAGACGCAGACCAGAGAGGCCUUGCUGUCCCUCCUGCCGGAGCUCUCUGACAUAUCGCACCAGAAUUACACCGAGUGGCUGCAGGAGCUCCAGGAGAAAGGCUCCGAACUGCGGAAGCAGCCGCCGGCGCCCACGGAGCCUUCGCCGGACCCGGCGUCCAGGCUGCAGGAGGCGGAGGAAGCCCAGAGCACCUUGCAGGCCGAGUGUGACCAGUACCGCACCAUCCUGGCCGAGACGGAGGGCAUGCUCAAGGACCUGCAGAAGAGCGUCGAAGAGGAGGAGCAAGUGUGGAAAGCCAGAGUCAGCACCAUGGAGGAGGAGCUGCAGAAGUCCCGUGUCACAGUGAAGCAUCUCGAAGAGAUCGUAGAGCGGCUGAGAGGAGAGCUGGAGAGUUCUGACCAGGUGCGGGAGCACACCUCACAUUUGGAGGCAGAACUGGAAAAGCACAUGGCAGCAGCCAGCGCCGAGUGCCAGAGCUAUGCCAAGGAGGUGGCAGGGUUGAGGCAACUCUUGUUAGAAUCUCAGUCUCAGCUGGACACAGCCAAGAGCGAAGCCCAGAAGCAAAGUGACGAGCUCGCCCUGGUCAGGCAGCAGUUGAGUGAGAUGAAGAGCCACGUAGAGGAUGGUGAAGUAGCGGGGUUCCUGGCUGCCCCCCCAGAGACCCCCCCAGCUGAGCAGGAACCCAUCGAGCUGAAAAUGCAGCUGGAGCGGACAGAGGCCAUCCUGGAGGGCGAGCAGACACAGCGGCAGAAGCUCACGGCUGAGUUUGAGGAGGCUCAGAACGCUGCAUGCCGGUUACAGGAAGAGUUGGAGAGACUCCGCACUGCCAGUCCCCUGGGGUCUUCGGAUGCGCAGGAGGCUGCGCAACUGAAGGAGAGACUAGAGAAAGAGAAGAAGCUCACAAGUGACCUGGGCCAGGCAGCCACCAAGCUGCAGGAGCUUCUGAAGACGACCCAGGAGCAGCUGGCCAAGGAGAAGGACACAGCGAAGAAGCUGCAGGAGCAGCUGGACAAAGCAGGGAACGGUAGCAGCUCAAAGGAGGGCAGUUCGGUCUGAGUCUCCUCUGUGGAAAAAGAAGUUACUGUUUAACUUACCAAAAUGCCUUACACAUUCCUUACAAAGAAACCAACCAACCAACACAGCGUUAUCCAGGCCCGACUUCUGGUAACUCCGAGAGAGAAGCCAUUGGAGACGAGAGUCUCAGAACCACAGAAAUAAAUCUUCCAGACCCCCAGUUUGUAAAAGAACCUUUGUAACAUUUGAUAAACACUAUUCCCUGGACCAGCCCUGGACCACCACCGAGCAGAUGCCAAAGCCCAUAAUCCACCUCUUCGAACAGAACCCACGGUGUGCUGGGGAGGCCGGGCUGGCUGGCUGUGUGUCAGUCAGUGCAAUGUUGUCUUUUCUCAGUGGGGGGGAGGGGGAGGGGGGCGGAGUGGAGAGUUCUCAGAGGCUGUGGCAAAGCCUGGAGGGGUCCGGCCCAGCCACGCCUCAGCCCAGAAGAAGUUAGCAACCAGAACCGAUGUGUGACCUCCUGGAUGUUAAUGCCAUUAAAGCCCGUGCUGUCACCGGCCCCACAGUCUGUGUCUUCUGCGGGGCUCCCCCACCAGGUUAUUGGACCAGGGAUAAGGAACCAAGAGGGUUCCCUCGUGGGAGAGAGCAAGUGUGGGUCAGUUUGGGGGAAGCCUGGGGAUCAGCAGCUCUUGUCUAGAGUGCGAGUCAAACUUUGCUUCCUGGUCCCCCAGAGCUGCUCCUCGCUGGCCCACCCAGGGCUCCGCCUGCCUUCUCCCUCCUGCAGGAGAAUGAGCACUCUG